AUGAGAAAGAAGUGGGGGCAAACUGAGUACAGGGACCAUUUAUGGAGGUGUGCAUCAGCAACCACCAUUCCUGAGUUUGAACAUUUGAUGAAAGAGUUUAGUGAGUAUGAUAAGGAGACAUGUCAAUGGUUGAAGCAGAUUCCUCCUGUACAUUGGGCAAGGAGUCAUUUCCCAGACUUCAGCUUCCAUGACUGGAACUCCAAAUCAAGUUGCGAUGAUGAUGCUAUUGAAGACAGAGCACCCGAAGCAAAUCUUGAUUCGGUUGACCUUAUGGUUCUUAUCAACAGCAAUCGGAACGUUGAUUCUUUGCGGAAGGGAAACUACUUUUUUCUCCUGAGAAUGUUUUUCCGUGCCCUCAAAUUCGUCGUUCCAUUGGCUUUCUUCACUCAGGUAAAUGAAAAGAAUGAAAACCCCUCUUGGAAAGCCAUAAAUUAUUGUGGACGUGAUCCUGAUUUGAUUCAACCCAUCCAUCAUAAUCUCAACACAGAAAGCAUUUUUAGCCCGCUUUACAAAGGCGUUAUCUACCUGAAUAAACCCAUACGAGUCGUUGCAGAAGCCCUGCAGAGAUCGAGACUAGGCAUCUCAGUUCCCCGUCACCCAACCAAAUUCUACAAGAAUCCCAAACUUCCAUCAAUGAUCAUCAAAUGUGAUGCAGUAGUAGUUGGCUCGGGCUCUGGCGGUGGUGUAGUUGCCAGCAUUUUGUCUAAAGCCGGCUACAAAGUUCUUGUAUUGGAGAAAGGGAACUAUAAUGCAAGAAGUAAUCUUUCUCUUCUUGAAGGACCAUCCAUGGAAGAGAUGUACCUUGGAAAAGGAUUGUUAGCUACAAGCAACAUGGAAGCUGUGAUACUUGCUGGCUCCACAGUAGGUGGAGGCUCAUCGAUUAACUGGUCGGCAUCGAUCAAAACCCCAGAACAUGUACUUAAAGAAUGGUCGGAAUGUUAUGAGUUAGAGUUGUUUCAAAGUAGACUAUAUGAAGAAGCCAUGAGUGUUGUGUGCGAGAGGAUGGGUGUUCAAUCUAAAGUGAAAGACGAAGGAUUCAAUAACAUGGUUUUAAGGAAAGGAUGCGAGGAAUUAGGUUAUCCAAUAAAUAAUAUCCCUAGAAAUUCACCACCCAAUCACUAUUGUGGGUGGUGCUGCUUUGGCUGCAAAGAUGGAAGAAAGAAAGGUACCUCUGAGACAUGGCUCGUGGACUUGGUGGAAUCUGGAAAUGGUGCAAUUCUACCAGGAUGUGAGGCUCUAAAAGUUGUGCAUGAUCAAAAGAAAGGAAGGGAUAGGAGCACAGCCAAAGGGGUCAUCUUCGAGUUCCUAAACCAAGACGGAUCUAGAGAAAUUUGUUUGGCUGAGUCAAAAGUAACCAUUGUCGCAUGUGGGGCUAUGUGUACCCCACAACUUCUUAAGAGAAGUGGGUUGAAGAAUCCCAACAUUGGCAAGAACUUACAUAUUCAUCCUGUGGUAAUGGCAUGGGGUCACUUCCCUUCAGAGAGGUGGCCGGAAGUUGAAAAAAAGAGCUACGAAGGAGGAAUAAUGAGUGUCAUGUCCACCGUGGUUGCAGACUUCAAGGGGUCAGGAUAUGGUGCUAUCAUACAAACACCAUCAUUACAUCCUGGUAUGUUCUCAGCACUAAUGCCUUGGGUUUCAGGUUGGGACUUCAAGACACGGAUAUCUAAGUUCUCAAGAACAGCCCAUAUAUUUGCACUGGCAAGAGACAAGGGUUCUGGGGAAAUAGGACCGAAGACUUCGAUUACUUACCAGAUGGACAUCACAGACGAAGAGAAGCUGAAGAGAGGACUAGAGAAAUCACUAAGGAUUCUUGCAGCUGCUGGAGCAGAAGAGGUAGGAACCCAACACAACAAAGGGAGAACAAUACAUGUCAAGAAUGCGAGUUAUCAUGAGUUUGAAAGGUUUGUGAGAGAGGAAAGCUCAAGGGUGUUAAGUGAUCUAUCAACACCUCUAUGUUCGGCACAUCAAAUGGGGAGUUGUCGAAUGGGUGUUGAAGCAAAAGGGUCUGCUGUGAAUCCGAUGGGAGAGACAUAG